AUGGAUGAGCAGCUCGCAGGGUUAGAGAGGGACUACUGUCCGAUCUUAGACUCAGCACUCGUUCGUGCUAUCUACGCCGACUUCGCCGACAAUGGUGACACCGGAAUUGAAGAAGCGCGACUGAUGUUGGAAUCGCUGAAAGAAGCGGCCCUUUAUGAACAGACCACAGACUUUGACCCCUCUGGCAGUAGCGGGCAGGCAGCCGUUCUCAGCUCAGAGCGCGACAAUGGCCACUCGGAUAAGGAGACGGAGAACGGAGCAUCGCAGUCUGAAGACACAGACCUGACAAGCCUGUCCAACGGCUUGUCUGCUACAGGCUUGAAGACACGAUCUGAUUCCGGCUCGGGCGAAUCGUCCAGCAUGGCAGGCAACAAUGAAUUUGUCGAGGAUGCCGAACGCCUCAGCACCGACGAGAAGGUGGCGCGACUUAUUGAUACCUUUCCUACCGUCAAACCUACACUCAUUUCGUACACUUUGAAGAAGUGCGAUGGGAAUUUUGGCAGAGCGACGGACGAGCUGCUGAACCACGUCUACUUCGAAGAGACGGAAGCUGAUGGCGUGGAUCCAGAAGAGCGGAUAGUGGCCAAAGGUAUCGAUGCCUUCUCUGAGGAACACGCAUUACCACGGGGACGAAAAGGCAAGGCGAAGAAGUGGAAGAAGGUCGGUUCGGCAGCCAGCUCCAGGGACAGUUCGAUACCCGCAGCCCCAGAUAGCAAGAGUACCACGAACAAGUGGCAGAGCGCAACCAAGGACAUUGAGUUCAUAACCUCCCGAACAAACCUGCCAUACCAGUACGCAUCAUCAAUGUACCACAAGAACGGCGCCUCGCUCCGCCCAACCAUCGCUGCGCUCAUUGCGGCCAACACCACAGAAAACGAGGGCAGCAAACCAGACGAACGAACCCAUCGAAACGCCCUCGACCUAACCACCGACUUCCCCUCCCUCAAGCUCCCCUACGCCACCGCCCUCAUCCGCCUAACCGCCCCCUCCACAGCCUCGGCCCACGAACUCGCCAAAGCGCUCACCACCGCCCCUUCCAACUCUUUCACCGGCGGCGUCGAGCUCAUCCCCAAAUACGCGCCCCUCGACCUCGGUCUCUCCUCCAAACCCCCCUCCAGGGCCUCCACUCCAGCCCACCCCGUCUCCGCCGCCGAUACCACGGCUCUUCUCGCCGCUCGCUCCCAUGCCUUUACUAGCGCCUCCUCCGCCUACCGCCGCGGCAAGUCCGACAGGCUCAUGCUCGGCGCAGCGGGGUAUUACUCCCAACUCGGGCGCGAUGCCCACGCCUCUCUCGCCACCGCCUCCGCUUCCGCCGCCGACGCGCUCGUCGCAUCCCAAUCCACCCCUACCACGCUAGAUCUGCACGGCGUGGACGUGCGGAACGCGGUCAGGAUCGCAAGGGAGGGCGUGGAGGCGUGGUGGGCGGGGUUGGGGGAGAAGCGGUUGAGGGGAAGUGAGGGGGUCGGGGAGGGGUUUGAGAUCGUUACGGGGGUUGGACAUCACUCUGUUGGGGGAGUGGGGAGGUUGGGACCCGCGGUGGGGAGGAUGCUUGUGAGGGAGGGGUGGAGGGUUAGGUUUGGGAGUGGGAGUGUUAGGGUUGUGGGGGCUGUGAGGAAGUAA